UCCUACAGCUUAGCUAUUGAGAAGAUGGUGGACCACUUGGCAAACACAGAGAUCAACAGCCAACGGAUUGCAGCGGUGGAGAACUGUUUUGGGGCAUCGGGGCAACCGCUGGCCCUGCCGGGCCGUGUGCUCCUAGGCGAGGGAGUGCUGACCAAGGAGUGCCGCAAAAAGGCCAAGCCGCGCAUCUUCUUCCUUUUCAACGACAUCCUGGUGUAUGGCAGCAUUGUGCUGAGCAAGCGCAAGUACCGCAGCCAGCAUAUCAUCCCCCUGGAAGAGGUAACUCUGGAGCCACUGCCGGAGACCCUGCAGGCCAAGAACCGCUGGAUGAUCAAGACAGCCAAGAAGUCCUUCGUGGUCUCGGCAGCCUCCACCACAGAGCGCCAGGAAUGGAUAAGCCACAUCGAAGAGUGCGUGCGGAGGCAGCUGCUGGCAACAGGCCGCCAGCCCACCACGGAGCACGCAGCGCCCUGGAUCCCCGACAAGGCAACGGACAUCUGCAUGCGCUGCACGCAGACACGCUUCUCGGCGCUCACCCGGCGUCACCACUGCCGCAAAUGCGGGUUUGUGGUCUGUGCUGAGUGUUCCAGGGAGCGUUUCCUGUUGCCACGUCUCUCCCCCAAGCCCCUUCGUGUCUGCAGCCUCUGCUACCGAGAGCUGGCCGCCCAGAAGCGGAGGGAGGAGGCCAAGGAGAGGUUCAGGGGCUCUCCGGGGCAGCUGACCCACCUAGGCAGCACCAUGUGUGGUGCGUCCAGUGGCGAUGACGAUGACUCCGAUGAGGACAGAGAGGGCAGUGGAGAUGGUGACUGGCCCACCCAGGUGGAGUUCUAUGCUUCUGGUGUCUCCUGGUCAGCCUUCCAUAGUUGACCCUCACCUGCAGAGUGCCUCAAGCCAGCCCUCUGCCGGGGAUCCUUGCCCACGGUAGUGGGCAUGUGACCGGUGGCUGUUCCAGAGCCAUUACUAGAGCCUUUCUGCUAGGCAGCAGCUCCUAGGCCCUCUUCUAAUUCUUUUCAGAGAAUUUCCUUUCCAUUUCACAAGCUACAGCUGCAACCCUUGGAGUUAGACCAGGCCAGGUGUGCCCCAAGCAUUAAGUUGGGAGUUGAAAAGGGCAAAGGGAAGGCCAGACCAGAACUGGGGGGGGGGUCCACUUCAACUCUGAAGCUGGGGCUCCAGACCCCACUCCCACCUCCAACUCCUAACAGGUACAGCUGUCGGGAGGGCAUGAGGCUGCACAUCUACCAUGCAGAUGCCACCACCUGGCCACUGGGUCGUGCCAAGCUGGACCCAGAUGUACAGUGUGUACCCUCCAGGCCAGCCCAUCGAGGUCUCUGCCCUGUCACUACCAAGUGUCUGGUGUCUGUGUGUCCUGUCCCCAUCUCUGUCUGUGGUCAGUAGAAUCAGUGUUUUCUCUUAGGACUCUAGGUUCAGGGACAAAAACCCUAUCCAGACUGAUUUAUCAAUAAACAAAAAUGAAAUACCAA